UAAUCGCUGUUUUCUGUUAUCAUUUUAAGAAAAUAAAUUUUAAUCAAACUCGUUGACUUCAACUGCCGAGUUCAUCACAUUUAAAUGUGUUACAAGUGUCAAAUUUGCAUUAACUUAGUUCAGAAAUCUUUAUAGAAAUGCAACGCCGUAGAGCAGAAAAAAUUUUAACUAUGCUUCCCCCUGGUAAGGAUAGUAGUGAAAGUUCUGAUGAUGAUUCAGUUGAAUCAUAUCAUUCAAUUGGAGAAAUAUUAUGUGAAUCACCAUUACCUAUUGAGGCAAUAGAGAAUGAUGUAGAUGAACUUCUCAGAGAUAUUGAGUUAAAUCCAAUUGAUGAGUUUUUAGAAGAUUUUGAAGAUUUACAAUCUAUUACAAGUGAUAAUGCUGUUGCUGAUAUAAUAGAAAUAGAAAUACCACAAAAUAUAGAGCCACAUACUCCUACUCUUAUGAAUAAUAUAUCUUCAUCAGUUAGUAAAAAAAAAACAGUUUUAUCAUCCGAAUCUGCAAGAAGGUCUAAACGUUUGUUGAGAAAUGCAGAAACGCCUCCAAUUCCAUUACCAUGUAUGUCACCUGACAUUGAGAAUAUUAAUAUACUACCUAACCAAAGGAAAAAAAUUAGAAAAAUUGACCACAUGCAAUUUAAUUGGGUAGCCGGGAAAAAAAUGAAUUUUGAAGUUAAUGUUCCUGAAUAUGAAUUUCAUACACAACAUGAUCAUGUACUGACUCCUGUUGAGUAUUUUAAAAGUUUUUUUUCUGAUGAUUUAUUUGAACUGAUUGUAGAACAAACAAAUCUCUAUUCAGUAGCAAAAAGUGGUAAGUCAAUUAAUUUAACUGUAAAUGAACUUCAGGAUUUUUUAAGUAUAGAAUUAUGGAUGGGAGUGGCUAAGUUACCAGCCUAUACUGACUACUGGUCUCAUCUAAUGAGUUAUGAAAAAGUUUCAAACAUAAUGCCACUUAAAAAAUAUCAAAAAAUUCUAAAAAAUAUACAUUUUAAUAAUAACGUAAGACCUCUUAUCGACAUUAUUCGUCGAAAUUGCUUGAAUCAAGAACAAGGCAAACGUUUCUCAAUUGAUGAAAUGAUGGUACCUUAUAAAGGGAAAAAAGCUGGCUCUCGACGGCAAUAUAUAAAAUCGAAACCAAAAAAAUGGGGAUUUAAAUUUUUUGUUCGCUCAGGUAUCAACGGUCUGGUUUAUGAUUUUUUUCCUUACUGUGGAGAAAAUACAUUCAAUAAUUACAAUUUUAGUGAUUAUGAAGAGAAGUUUUUUGGACUUGGACCAAAAGUUAUCCUUGCAUUAGUGUCAACAAUUCCAGACAAAAUCUUAAGUAUCGUUUAUUUUGACAAUUUUUUCAGUUCUCCUGAAUUGGUUUAUUAUUUGAGGGAAAAAUAUGGAACAUUGAGUCUAGGAACUGUUCAACAAAAUCGACUUCGACAUUGUCCAUUAUUAGAGGAAAAACAACUAAAAAAAAAAGGAAGAGGUAGUUUUAGCUACAUGUGUGACAGAAAAAAAAAAGUUCUAACUUUAAAAUGGUUAGAUAACAAACCAGUAUGUUUAAUAAGUUCUUAUGUAUCCGCUGACCCUAUUAAGAGCAUAAAAAGAUAUUCUAAAGAAAAGAAAAGUCGAGUUGAUGUACCAAUGCCAAAAAUUGUUGAGGAAUAUAACACCCACAUGGGUGGUGUUGACUUAUCAGACAUGUUGGUGGCGUUGUAUAGAACCGGGCUGAAAACACAUAAGUGGUAUAUGGCUGUAUUUUCCCAAUUACUUGACAUAUGUAUCAAUAAUGCUUGGUUGACAUAUCGAAGGGAUUGUAACCAAUUAAAAGAAAAAAAGAUUAUGCGUUUAAAAGAAUUUCGUAUACAUGUAGCCAUAGCACUAUCUGGAAAAGAAAAACCUAAAGUGGGUAGAAAACCUAACAAAAAUAAUCAAAUGGAACAUGUACAAAAGAUCAGGCGAACUGUGAUUCCUAGACCUAUUAGUGACAUAAAAUUUGAUAGAUUUGAUCAUUUUCCAACUCGUGUAUCAAAAGGUCGAUGCCGCCACUGUAAAAAAGGUCAGACAGUCUACAUCUGUACAAAAUGUGAUACACGUUUAUGCACACUGAAAAAUAGAGACUGUUUCAAUGAUUUCCAUACCAAAAAAUAA